AUGUACCAAUGGCUGCUGGCGGCUGUCGGCAGUCUCUUCGCCGCCGCGCGCCGCUCCGCGCCACUCCCGGCCCCGCGCAAGCGGCCCUUCCGCAGUGUUCAGCCGCCUCUGGAAGAAGAUCCUGACGAGCCUCAACCAAAAAGGAAAACAUCAGGCUCUGAGCCUCCAGGAGAAGUAAGCACCUCUGCUGAGGUGAAUUUGCCACCCAGGGCAGCAGAUGAACACUGGGCAAUUUCAGAUGACAACGUAACUUCAACCACAACCUUGGGAGAAGAGCCUCCAUCUGCUCCAUAUGACCCUUCAUCUGAAAUACCAUCAAGCCCUGUGCUGGAAAGGCUGCAGAUUGAUAAUAUGCCUUUUGAAAGUGAUGCUUACUUUGAUAGGGUCACACUGGCCCUUUCUCCUGUGACAGUUCCAGAUCUCCGCAACUACUACACUGAACCUCCUGGAGAUGACACUUCAACACCCACUGAGGAUGAAGAGCCAAAACCUUCUACUUCAGGAAUGGACAAAACAGGGAAGCCUUUGCGCAGCGUUGAGGAUGCUCAGAGAGAAGAAAAAGAGAAAUACAAGCAACUCUUGAAACUACUGAAGGACAAAUAUGCUAAAUACUGCCAAACUACAAAGCCGACAAGCUCCAAUGUUGAGAUUUACUACAAAGAGUCACUGUCUGCUGUAACUUUCCUGGAAGAACAAAGAUGUGGAGGGGAUGCCUCCAAGCUUUUGACACCAAAACCUGAUGGCAGCAGCCCACGCCACUCUCCAGAACGUGAGCAGCCCAGUUGCAGUUAUGGUACGCCAGCAGAAAAGGAAGGCAAGAAAGGACAAGAGGGACACCCCAACUCAGGGCAUGGAGAUGAAGUCCCAGUGAAUGCCUCCUCUGGAUUGCAUCUGCCACCCGUUGUGUCCGGAAGACCAUCUAUCCAUGAUGAGGAAGAAAAGAAACUCCCCAAAUCCCAAGAACGCUUUCCUCCACUCACAGAGGCCAUGGAGAGAGAGAUCAAGGCUGCAUUGACCGAGGGUAAACCAGAGGAGGUCGUGAGCAGUGCCUUCAAACUCAGGCUCAGCCGUGAGGACAUCCAGACACUGAACAACUUCUCGUGGCUCAACGACGAGGUCAUUAAUUUCUAUAUGAAUCUUCUGAUGGAAAGAGGCAAAAAAGAAAACUAUCCAUCAGUGUACGCUUUUAGUACUUUCUUCUGUCACAAACUUCUUUCCGAAGGCUACACAGCAGUAAAAAGAUGGACUAGAAAUGUGAAUCUGUUCAAACAUCACAUCAUUUUAGUUCCUAUUCACUUGAGAUCACACUGGACGUUGGUGGUCGUAGAUAUCAGAAUGAAGACCAUCACAUACUUUGACUCACUUGGAAAGAGAGGAGACAAGAUCUGUGAAGUUGUAUUCCAAUACCUGCAAGAGGAGAGCUGGGAGAAACGAAAAGUGAAGCUGUCACUUUCGGAGUGGACCCUUCACAGCAUGGAGGCCCAUGAAAUUCCUCAGCAAUCGAAUGGAAGUGACUGCGGAGUUUUUAUGUGCAAAUAUGCAGAUUAUGUCUGCAGAGACAAACCCAUUACCUUCACUGAGGAAGACAUGCCUUACUUCCGCAAGAGAAUGGUGUGGGAAAUAAUCCAUCAGCAGCUGCUGUGAGGCAUGAGCCGACAGAGCAACACGGUGCAUCACCUGGCAGUCACUAGCUCCUAUUUCAUUAUGUUUGCAGUGCCUUACUGAACAGGAAGCAGGCACUCACAUGUUUCUCUUUUAGGCUAUAAAGUAACGGUUAAUUUUUUUCCUCCA